UCAAUCCCCUAAAAUCACGCUCUUUAUAUGGAAACCCUCUAUACUUCGCUUGAGUUUUAGGCUUAAUUAGCUCCUUGAUCUUUUAUUAAACAGACUAGUAGUAUCAACGAAAGCCAAAAACUAUUCAAGUUUCCAAGAAACUGCAUGUCCUGAACGCGGUUUACUUCGUAGCCUGAUAAUUUACACCAAAUAUCAGAAAAUAAAUUGUUGGUUUAUCACAAUUUUGCUAGUUUUGUGGUUUUUAGACAGCAUAAAUUAGUGUUUCGUGGUUUAAAAAUUGUUUUAAGAGUAGAACAAACACUAUGUCAAGGUGUAUACGGUUCCCUCCACCAGGGUAUGUGUGGAGCGGAGUGAAAGGGGAAGCCUUGAUAGAGCUGAUUAAGGUCAGGAGAGAAAAGGCCGAGGUUGAGAAGCGAAGGAAGAAAGAGGAGAAGAAGAAAGAGAAGAGGAGGCAGAAAAUAGAAGAAGGAUUGGAGGGGGGACAGCUUAAGAAGAAAAGGUAUAAUCCUCACAGAAGGCAGGUGCAAAACCGGAGCGAGGAUGGUGAUGUAAGCAGCUACUAUCAAGCGAAGAAUGAACAUGAAUUUCGAAGAACAGAGAGAACUAGUCUUGCCGAAGAGCUCAAGCAGCCUUCAAUAUCAGACAGCUUAUAUGACUCUUUUGGCACCUGCCAGAUUACCGAGAGGAAGGGGCCUGAAAGGUGCCGAAGUCAUGGAAGCGUUUUUUGGAUUGAUAUCCAAUUGCAAGGGCAUGAAGAUCAAGAUCUGGUGUUUGGUAAACCAGUGUGCUCUGUUACAGCAAUGGAUUUUCUUGUCCAAGAGAAAUCUGAAUUGCCCAAAAGCUGCACCAAGGAGGAGUUCUUUUCUACCUGCAGUGAGUCCACAACCACUGCCUUUGAAUCGGAUAGACCUGGUGUUGAGUUGUGCCAUUCAUGUUCUCAAACUGAGCUCAUAAGAGAUAGGAAGGCUGCAUCGGCUCUUAUAUCCCAAUACUCUGGAAGUGGCUUGCAGCAUACAGAAUUAAACUUUUGGGAGCUAGAUGUAAACUGGAUUCCCCUUCCCAUGAAGAGCGGGAACCCAGAAUUUGAUAAUCUAGGUUGGCUCUACGAGAGGAAGCCCGAGAGACUGCCUAGAAGUGAUAACACUAAAAUCUAUAGAGCUAGCAAUGAUAGAUUGUCUCACCCGAUAUCUUCUCUAUACCCAACAGCUCAGUAUUUGGCCCAAGCUGAGAUAUAUGCCUUGCCAUUUACAAUACCAUUCUAAAACUGUCACCUGAA